AUGAAGCCAAUUAAAACAUUGCUCCUCCUCCUCCUAGCCGUCGCGGCCACGGCCACGAGUGAGGCCCACGACAUCACCCGUAUCCUCGAGUCCGACACCUUGUUCUCCACCUUCAACAACUACCUCUCUACCACCGGCCUGGCCGACGAGAUCAACCGCGGCAGCUCCCUCACCGUGUGCGCCGUCGACAACGAUGCCAUGUCAUCCCUCCUCUCCCACCAAUACCCUCUCCCCACCCUCAAAAACAUCCUCUCUCUCAACGUCUUCACCGACUACUUCGACGCCAAAAAGCUCCACCGAAUCAGCGAUGGCUCCACCACCACCUCCACCCUCUUCCAAGCCAACGUCAAAAUCACCAGUCUCAGAGGCGGCAAGGUCGGCUUUGCCCCCGUAGACUUCUCUGAUCCCAUUGCUACAUUCGUCAAAUCCAUCAACGAAAUUCCCUACAACAUCUCCGUUAUCCAAAUCAGCAACUACCUCACCUCGCCCGAGGCAGAAGCCCUCGUCUAA